AUGGAGGAACUGAAGAAUAGGGGCCAAAAGAGAGAGGGGAGGCACAGGGACACAUGGGAUCCUUUUCAGUUAAAUCCUGUUGGAGCCGAGAAAGAAAAGAAGCAAACAUGGUUGAUUCUACUGCAGCGCUUCAUGGCAGUAGUUAUAGGGCUCUUGGUCUUGACCAGUGCCGUCAUCAGCAAGGGUUCUCUCCUAACGUUGGUCACACUUUCCAGUUUCCGAUCCCUGAGAACUCCUACAGAUAGGCAAUUCUACAUGCUACUGCUGAUGUGUACCCUGGUAACACCCAACCUGUUGGUUUUCCUCAAGUGUCUGUGGAAAUCUGCCUUCAAAAGCUUUGCUCGACCCACAAUGAAAAUCCUGGGUAUUAUUUCAGUGAUUGAGAUCCUGGUGGCAUUGGGGACCUCCAUCUUGGUUCUGAUUGUGAUGCCUCAGUUUGAUGUGCUCACUAACCUUUUCAUAUCUGGAGGAGUCUGCAUUUGCACUGCCAUCCUUCAUGCAUCCUUUCGUCUUCAGCGUGAACAGUGGAUGAUCAUCUUUCCUAUUUGCUCCAUUUUUCUAGUGUUCACCGGUUAUGGCCUCCUGGUUACUGAUUACUUUGUGCGAAUAAGUUCUUUUGUCUCAGACCAGAAGACAGAUUGUUACUAUUAUGUUGGCCUUGCUAUAUUUGCUUCUCUGCUUGUCUCUCUUAAUUGGUGGGAGAAUUCUCUACAGGCCAGCAAUAAAUUCCAGGAUAUGCUAGCUGAGUUGGAUGGCUUCAGAGAUUCUGUCUUUAUGUUCACUAGUCUCAUGAGGAUUGCUGUCACUGUCGGGGUGUACCUCCUCUAUUAUGGCCUAAUAGUUAAGACCAUCACCUGGAAUGCUUUCACAGAAAUUACAAAACAUACCCUUCAGAUAGGCCUUGGGCUGUUUUUCCUUCAAGCCUUCUGUUCUGCUGCCUGCCACUGGUUUGGGGUUGUGGCCUGCAAGGUCCAUGCUGUGAGGGUGAGCUUUGCCAUGCCAGUCUCAAUGACAGGCCCUGUUACACUAAUUGUAGCCGUAAUACUUUUCCUAACUCAAGCAGACACCUUGAAUGUGGCAUCAGAGACUUCAUACUCCUUUGUAAAGACAGAAAAUUACACACCAAUUGACAACCCUUUUCGGGACUUUUGCCAAGGUCUUGUGAAACUGAAAGACUUGAACGGCACGUCAAUGAUCCUCUUGGAACUCACCAACAGUAUCUGCAGAACAACACUGAAUGCUCAUUAUGCAAUUUGGCCUUUCUCCAUGCUUGUGCUUGAGGGGAUGUGCAUGUGGCUCGGGUUUAUUACAUGCACGUAUUAUGUUUGGAGCAUGAAGGUGCCACGUAUUGAACGGACAGCCCAGCUCUUUGUGCGACGGCUGUAUGAAUCUGCUUUCAUUGAUCAAUCUCUACUACUGAACACCAAAAUGAAAGUGAAGAACCCAGAAAGGUAAUAUGAUUAAAUUGACUUUGAAAUAGAGCACUGUGUCAUAUAUCUCUGUGCAACAAUGUGGCAUGAAACAUAUGAUGAGAUGCUUAAGAUCCUUACCUCAAUGUUCAGACUGGACAGGUAUAGAGGUGAUCCAAAGGAAGAGCACAAGGAUGUCUUUGACUUUGAAUGCCAUAUUUAUGUUGAUGAUGCCUUCAUGAGAGAGAAAGACUCUGAGGAAAAGCUUAUCAAUUCAUAUGUGGAUGAUCUAAUAAAUGUGGUCAUGGAAGUAUACAGAGUAUUCACCAACAAAGAGCCAGAUGAAGUCUCUAUCAUCGAAACUCCUUAUGGUGGCCGGAUUGCAUUUGUGCUACCAGAGGGAAAUAUGCUAUAUGUCCAUCUCAAGGACAAAAAGCUAAUACGAAACAAAAAGAGAUGGUCACAGAUAAUGUACAUGUAUUAUCUCCUGGGUUGGAAAGGUUACAUCGUGAAAAAUCCCCAAAAAAUCACUAGACAGAACAACGUAUGUCGUGCAAGUCUCAUAUCACUGGAUGGAGAGGCUUACCUCUUACCAAACUUUGACAACGAUAGUAAAAGGAAAUACAUAUCUGAUGACAACACGUAUAUCUUGGCUUUGGAUGGAGACACGGAUUUCCACCCCGCUGCUUUGAUUUUACUGGUUGAUCGUCUUCGAAUGUAUGCUAAUGUAGGUGCUGCUUGUGGAAGGAUUCAUCCAACUGGCAUGGGGCCAAUGGUGUGGUAUCAGAAGUUUGAGUAUGCUGUGGGUCACUGGCUACAGAAAACAGCAGAGCAUGUGUUUGGGUGUGUGCUUUGCAGCCCUGGGUGCUUCAGCCUGUUCAGAGGGUCAGCUCUAAUGGAUGACAAUGUGCUGAAGCGAUACACCACCAAGGCGACCAGAGCUUCUGAGUAUGUCCAGUACGACCAAGGUGAGGAUCGCUGGCUUUGCACAUUGCUUCUUCAGCAGGGUUGGAGAGUGGAGUACAAUGCUGCCUCAGAUGCUUACACUAAUUCUCCUCAAGAAUUUAAGGAGUUCUACAAUCAAAGGCGCCGCUGGGGUCCCUCGACUCUUGCAAAUACUUUAGACCUUCUACAUAGUGGAAAAGAAACUGCAAAGAGGAACUCUUCCAUAUCUAUGCUCUACAUCUUCUACCAGAUCUUCACUGUGGCUUCUUCCAUUCUUGGACCUGCUUCUGUCACCUUGAUGGUGGCUGGGGCUUUCCAGUUUGUGUUUCAACUCGAUGGAUCUCUGUCCAUUAUAAUAGCUGUCAUACCACCAGUUGUUUACAUACUAAUUUGUUUCUUCACCAAAGCCAACUUCCAGAUUACCACCGCUGCCAUUCUUAGUGUUCUCUAUGCAUUUCUGAUGACAGCAUCUUUCUUCUCCAUUAUUGGUGACAUGGUGAAGGAAGGCACAUUCAUCACCCCUACUGGGCUAUUUCUGGUGUCUAUGACAGUUUUGUACCUGGUCACAGCAAUACUUCAUCCCCAGGAGAUGGGCAUGAUUAUCUAUGGUCUCAUGUACUUUAUAUGCAUCCCUAGUGGUUAUCUCCUCCUUACUAUCUACUCCUUGGUCAACAUGAACGUAGUCUCAUGGGGCACUCGAGAAUCCAGCAAAGAGAAGGAGGAGAAGAAGCAUGUGGGAGUUUUGUGCAAACGCAACUGCAAACUCUGUUGCUGGGACGUAAAUAUCCAAGUUACCCAAGAAACUGAAAACUUGAUGCUGCAGCAAAUCCAGCAAGCAAUUAAUCCAAAUGGUUCAUCAACCAAAACAGAGACGGAGAUGACUGUGCAGGGUGGUAAUGAAACUUUAAAACACUCUCAAACUGAGAGCCUCCCUAUUGAAAACAACAGAAAUGUUUCACUGAGUAUGAGAGACAUCCAGCAUCUGUCCAGUGACAAGGAACAAGAUACAAAAUCUAUGAACAGUACAAGUGACAUCAGCAUAGAUCAAAGAACAUGUACAUCAUAUGAUGAUGAUGAGGAGGAUGACUUCAAUGCAUACGAUGAUCAGAAAGUGAAAGAAAAGGAAGUUGUCCCUGAGAGCGACUGGGUCAGACCAGUGAAAACAGUAUUCCUGAGGAAGCUUACCUAUGCAAAUCUCAGGAGGAACCUCCAAGAGCAGAUUAAAUACACCCUCAGAAAUAAGGACCAGGACGACCUGUGUGAAGAGCUGGUUAACACACUAAGUGACACUCUCAGUGAUGAGCUAAGGGACAAAGUGGGCCCAGAGGAUAUUUUGUCAGAACCUCAACUGGAAGAACUACAGGAUGCACUUAAUGAGUCAGCAAGGAGGACCUUGAAGACCAAUCGCAUGUAUAUCAACCGCAUGAAGAGGCUGGAGGCAAGAGUCAAGCGAGCUAUUGAGAGAACCCUGGUGGCCCCCCAAGUUACGAGACUGAGUGAUGAUGAGACAGACUUCUGGAAUAAGCUGAUAGAGCGCUACCUGAAACCAGUAACUGAUCCACAAAGCCAUCUAGAGCAAGUGGCAAGAGAACUGAAAUCCCUCCGGAACAAAGCAGUAUUUCUGUACUUCAUCGUGAAUGUCUUAUGGGUUGUGGCUACAUUUUUUCUUCAACUCAUUGGCAAUGACGUAAUUAGCAUCAAGAUUCCUAAAUAUUUGCCAAAUGGCAGUUUGUCUGAUGAACCUUUGAGGGUGGAACCUCUAAGUUUAAUGUUCCUGCUGUCUUUUGCUGUACUUCUAAUAAUCCAGUUUCUGGCUAUGCUUUACCACAGAGUGUACACCUUUAUCCAUGUGUUAGCCUAUAGAAGCACAGAGAAGAACUACCAAGAACAUGAUACAGAUGGGGAAACCUUGAUCUUAGAGAACGAACUUACAAGUGAGCUUGUGAUAACCAGUGAUGACCUGUGAUGAAGAUAUGAGCAAUUUGAGUAUAUAUACUUAUGACUGCACACUUGUAAUGAUAAUUUCAGGGUACAAGUUUUACUGUACUAAAAAUGCAAAUGAAAAUCCAGC